AUGCCUGUUACUGUUUUCCUGACGGAUAACAACCCCACAGUAUGGGAACAGAAAUCUUUCGUCACGACUGCCGAAGAAUUGUUGAAGGAAUCAUGUCCCGAGGAAGCGGAGCAAUGCACGAGUGUGCCGGAACCUUCAUCCAAAGACCUCGAGACUGAAUAUUUUGGCCCUUCGUGUAAUGGAUUUGUCCAUGCAGUUUGCGAAGCAUACAGUGGACAUCACCACCUGAAGAUUCGGCCUGACGACGUCUGGUUGUCAAUCCUCGUUCAGCUCAGUUUCUACUUCGACAGAAAUGGCGACAAGUUUCGAUACAUGUUGACAGUGAAUGAAGGAUGGCGAGAUGUCGGGGCCACGGAUUAUGCCACCAUGGAAGAAGCUGAGGCUGCCAUGGAAGAAGAUGAGUCCAUGAUAGACGGAGCUGAGUCAAUCAUGGACGACGAUGAUUCCAUCAUGGACGAAGAUGAUUCCACCACCGACGAAGCUGAGUUAGAAUGGUUAGCUCCAACAAAAACGAGGGGAUCUAAAAAUGUUUUUGAUGACGGAGAUAUAAAAUAUUGGGAAAACUGGGGAAAUUGGGAUCUCGAGGUCGGUCUAAGAAAUUGGAUCAGGCCAAACUUCACUACCACUGGAGAUGGCGACCGGGCAAUUGCUCUAGCAAUAGCGAGGGAAUUUGAGGAUAUUAAUACAGAUCCAAAAAAUUUUAUCAUGCCGAUCAAAUCAGAAGCACGCCAGCCGUGUUUCAACUACAACGUCUCAUAUAGUUGCGGUCUUCCAUCUGUUACCCUUCUGGGCGAAAGAGAGGACUGGGCUAGACUUCGCGAUCGCCUAUGGGAGAUCUCAACCUCGCACCGAGAGGAAGUCGAAAAGUUUGCGGACCAGCUCGAGACCGUCUUGGACAGCUUCGUCAAUUCGUUCGAUAAUCCAACUGGUUCCGAGGUCUUUGAAUUUUGGAACAAGAUGGUCCACUACAGAGAUGGGUGCUCCGGAACCCGCUACGUAUCCGGCUGGUUGUCGAAGUUUUGUUUUUGGUCUGAGGAAGGGGAGGAAAUUCAGGAUCAUUCCACAGGUGGUGCUCGGAUGAUUGAUACGAAGAGAACUUCCAGGGGCUUUGCUUCUGUAGUGGUUCGGGAGAACAAAGAGGGGGAGAUGCAAAGCGUCAAAAUGCUAGCUGGAUCUAUUGGACAUCGCAUUACCAGCAGUGGAGAUCUCUUGGAUCAGUCUGGUUCGUACAGGAUCGGGCAACAAACUCAGACUGGGUUAGAUACCAUUCAGCCCGUGGCUGGCUGGUGGAAGUGUGAACAUAAGGAGUCAAGUCCUGAUAUCGAGGAGUAG